CCGGCAAUAUCUCCAAAAGAACUAACCGGUGAAUAGGUGAUCUUGAAUCUUGAUCUUUGUAUUGAACGUCAGAAAAUAAGAGCUGCUGUUCAAACUCUUUUCUUUUGUUGAAGGGUGUUUUUAUGUUUUUUAGGGUUUUGGUGGAAUUAUAUUUUUGAAUAUGAGUCUUAUGGACGAAGAUGACAUAAUCCAGGUGAAACAUCUGGAAGAACUGGUAGUUUCUGACCCAGAUGAUCCGUCCCACCAUUUCAAUCUGGGGAGAUUGUUGUGGAAAAGAGGAGAAGAAUGGAGGGAAAAGGCAGCAGAACAGUUCUUAAUGGCAGCAAAAUUGAAUCCUCAAAAUGGGGAAGCUUUCAGGUAUUUAGGCCAUUACUACAGUUGUGUCUGCGGGGAUACCCAGAGAGCUCUCAAAUGCUACCAACGGGCUGUCGCUCUCAAUCCCGAUUAUUCUCAUUCUGGGAAAGCAUUGUGUAAUUUAUUCGACAAAGGAGGGAAGGAGAGUUUGGAGGUUGCUGUCUGCAGGGAGGCGUCCGGGAAGUCACCCCGUGCCUUCUGGGCCUUUUCCAGACUAGGUUUUUUGCUGGUCCAUCAAAAGAAGUGGUCCGAAGCUGUCCAGAGUCUUCAGCAUGCUAUCAGAGGCUAUCCAACCUCUGCUGAUCUUUGGGAAGCAUUAGGUCUUGCCUAUCAACGACUUGGCAUGUACACAGCUGCCAUUAAGUCUUACGGGAGAGCAUUGGAAUUGGAAAAUUCAAGGGCUUUUGCUAUGAUUGAGACUGGAAAUAUUUUUCUAAUGCUUGGUUCAUAUCGAAAGGGAAUAGAGCAAUUUCAACAUGCUCUGAAGAUAUGUCCUCAGAGUGCAUGCGCACAAUAUGGGCUGGGUUCUGGGCUUCUUGCUCUGUCACAAGAAUGCAUCAAUAAUGGUGCAUUUUCAUGGGCCACAUCUCUGCUGGAGGAGGCAUCUGAUAUUGCAAAAAGUAGUACUUUUUUGGCCGGAAAUAUGUCAUGUGUAUGGAAGCUACAUGGUGACAUCCAGCUUACAUAUGCAAAAUCAUUGCCAUGGACAGAAGAUGGUAAUCUGAAGGGUGAGGAAGCUUUUUGUCGGUCGCUCCUUUACUGGAAAAAAACACGCCAUUUAGCCGCUGUGUCAGCCAGUUGCUCCUAUCAGCGUGCUUUGCACUUGGCCCCAUGGCAAGCAAAUAUCUAUAUGGAUGUUGCUGUGGCUGUGGAUCUUACUUGCUCUUUACAGGGGGGUCAUGAAGAUGAUCUGAGCUUGUGGAAGCUAGCUGAGAAGAUGCUGUUAGGAAGCUUGCUACUUGAGUGUGACAAUCAUGAAUUUUGGAUGGCAUUGGGAUGCAUGUCUGGUCAUAGAGCUCUGAGACAACAUGCCUUUAUCCGAGGCUUGCAUUUGGAUGUAUCUCUAGCUUCUGCAUGGGCAUAUCUCGGGAAGCUAUACAAACAAGAGGGUGAAAGCCAAUUGGGAAGACAAGCGUUUGACAGGUCUCGGAGUAUAGAUCCUUCUCUUGCAUUGCCAUGGGCUGGCAUGUCAGCGGAUAUACUUACUAGGGAGCCUGCAUCAGACGAGGCUUAUGACAGUUGCUUACGAGCUGUCCAAAUAAUGCCUCUUGCGGAAUUUCAAAUUGGUCUUGCAAAACUUGCUUUACUUUCAAGCCACCUACUAUCUGCAGAGGUAUUUGGAGCUAUCAGGCAAGCUUCGCAGUGUGCUCCUUGGUAUCCAGAAUCUCAUAAUCUGAAUGGGAUAGUUUUUGAGGCACGACAUGAUUAUCAAUCUGCUGUUGCAUCUUAUCGGCUUGCACAAUAUGCAUGGAGGACUUCUAAGUUUCCCUUGCCUCAUUUAUAUUCUGCCGAUAUAUCAGUUAAUCUGGCUAGAGCACUUUGCAAGGCAGGAAAUGGACAAGAUGCUGUGAAAGAACUGGGAGAUCUGAAGGAAAGAGGUUUGCUUGACGUUGAAGGCCUUCAAGUAUAUGCUAUAUCAUUAUGGAAAAUUGGCAAAAAUGAUCUGGCCUUAUCUGCUGCUAAAGAUCUUGCUGCAUGUGCUCCUACCAUGAAGUUGUCCUCUGCAGUGGCAUCUAUCUGUUUGAUCUGUAGUCUUCUGUACUCCAUUUCUGGGGCAGGAUCUACUAUUAAUAGCAUUUUGAAACUGCCUAGAGAGCUGUUCCAAAGUGCGAAAGUUUGUUUUGUCAUAUCUGCCAUAGAUGCUGUUGAUCGAAGUUGUCAACUACAGGCUGUAGUCUCAAGUAGUCGUCGUUCCCUUUCAUCACUGGAAGAGAUAAUGGAAAUGCAUCUUUUAAUUGCGCUGAGUAAGCUGAUAAAAAAUGGAUAUGGACAUGCUCUCAGUAUGCAAAAUGGUAUAGAUCAUCUUCGAAAGGCAUUGCAUAUGUACCCCAAUGGCACUUCUUUAAGAAAUAUGCUCGGAUACCUCUUGUUAUCUCGCAAACAAUGGGAAAAUGACCAUGUUGUAAGGAGGUGCUGUGCUGUAGUUCCUUAUGACCAAAUAAAGCAAGAAUUCAGAUCUGCGCAUGAAGUUUUUGGUGCUGAAGCUGUUGCUUGCCAUGCUACCACCAGCUGCAAAUCUAAUUACUCUCUUUCAACAUGUAAAAACCAGAGCGUGCAAGGUGCAUCACUUUUGGGGUUAAUGCAGAGAUGGUUUCGGCUAGAACCAUGGAAUCAUAACGCAAGGUACUUGCUAGUGCUUAAUCUUCUACAAACAGCACGUCAAGCUAGGUACCCACAACAGCUUGUGAAUAUGCUCAAGCGGAUGACGUCUGAAGCUCUCGUGAGUCAAUUGUUUUUGAAGAACAAAUUUGAUAGAUAUAAAAGAUUUCAGCUGCUUCUGUGCUCCUCUGAGCUCAGUUUGCUUGGUGGAGAUAAGUCUGGCUGUGUUUCUUUUGCAAGAGACGCAUCAAACCUUUUGCUUUCUGAUUCAUAUGCCUUUUUCGCCCAUUUGCAAUUAUGUCGUGCUCAUGCUGCUGAAGAUAAUCAUACAAGUCUUAAUGAAGAGUUUACACAGUGCUUGAAGCUUAGGACUGACUACCCUGUUGGCUGGAUCAGUCUUAAGAUUAUUGAGUCACGUCAUAUACCCCAGAAUGGUUCGACUUCCUCAGAUUUAGGUUUUAGAGAUAGUAUAAAAAAGAUCAAGGAAUCAGAGAACUUGUGGUUGGCUAUCGACAGUUUGUUUUGUGGUUUAAUUUCUCAACAGGCUCAACAUUUGCAGCGUGCAGAGAAGCUCCUUGCUGAAGCUUGUUCAUCAGCAGCUACUGAGAGCUGCUUCUUCCUAUGUCAUGGUGCCGUCUGUGUGGAGGUUGCAAAAAUGCAAUAUGACACUCAAUAUCUAACGAUGGGUAUACGGAGUCUCAAGAAAGCGCAAGAGAUUUCCUCUGUUCAUUUGCCAUAUGUUUCCCUUCUGUUAGCUCAAGCAGAGGCAAGCCUUGGAUCAAAAUUGAAAUGGGAAAGAAACCUACAAACUGAAUGGUGUUCUUGGUCAGCAGAGACAAGGCCUGCAGAACUGUACUUUCAAAUGCACCUGCUUGCACAUGGGUCUGAAACCACGUCUGGUCCAGAUUAUGGAGGCUCACUAAGUUGGCUUUUUCGAGCUAUUCACUUGAAUCCUUCUUGCUUGAGAUAUUGGAAAAUCCUGCUAAAGCUUGUUCAGUGAAAUUUUUGGCUGAUUAGGAUGGAUUUAGUAAGCACUUUCGAGUUGUAUCUUUGGUGCUCGUUGGCUUCAAAUACUUGAGCUCAAGGACAUGGAUUCUCAUUGUAUUGUACAUUCUGCAAUCAGUUUCCUCAUCAGUAGGUGUAAGCAUGCAUCGAUAGCGUAACCCUAGCAUCUCAUUGUUUUCACUUUCUCAUCUACUCAUUCGGCAGUAGUUGGCAUCUAUAGCGUAACCCUAUCAUCUCAUUGUUUCUACUUGUCAUCUACUCAUUUGGCAUUAGUCGUCAUAGGUGAUUGUAUUAAUUUGGCAUUAGUCGUCAUAGGUGAUUGUAUUAGUUGAUAGUGGACUGUAUAAUCUUUUUCGAGUUAGUAUCGGCUAAUUUAGUUGCAUGUAUAUAAAAAUUAUGACAACUACCAGUGUUGUAAUAUAGAAAGAUUUAGAAAGAUUAAGAGAUUGUUAUCGUUGUAGUUGUGUACUUUUUCUUUUGUGAGAGCGCAGUAUAUUUAGUGUUUGGUGAUAUAUCAUCUCAAUGCAUGGUUGUAGUGAGACUAGUCCACCCUGUGGUACUCGACGGCAAAUGUAUUACCUUAAAUUCAGUUAUUGUAUAUGUAUUAGUUUUUUCUUUC